AUGGAUCUCGACUCCCUCGCCAUACACGAUAUAGUGCACCCCACAGCUGCAUUCUCGCAGGAUGAAUAUAUCCCAGAAGGCGAGCACCAGGAGGUUGGGGAGCAGGUCCACUGCACAUAUGCCUCUGAUGACUGGGAAAACUCCCAGCUCAACCCCAAAAACCGCAUCGACAGCCUUGAUCUCCCCGAGCCGCCCUUGUGGCGCAUUGAUGGUUCGGCAGGCCUCGGAACUCAGUACUAUGCAAUCCCUCUUUUUCUAGGCAAAUUUCCGCCUCUCCGCAUAGAUGUUUUCGUUGCAGAACAUCUGGGAAAGUCAUCGCCUCUGUUGCGGUCGCUCCUCGACCUUGACCAGGCUUUUCACACCAAGGACGCUGCCAGGGUCAACCGACUUGGGAUCACUAGGCACAUCGUCCGGGCCUUGCACAUGUGGGCCAAGAGGAUGAUUGACGCGGGCGAGCUAGAUAAGCUCGAGGACAUUUUCCUCAGACAGCCGUUUGGAACCAAGCUCAUUUUUGAGAACCUGGAUUUGAACGUAGCCAAAAUCAGAAUUAGUGUCGACCCGAAUCACGAUCUCGAGCUGCGGCUGCUUUCAGUCGGGGACCUUGCCGCUAUGUGGAACAUGCCGGUGGAUGACUUUCCGCCGUCCAAAGACAUCACCGAUCUUGAGUUUGUCACGCAGCUUCAUGACAGCGUAUGCGUUGUUCGUUCCCCUGGUGACGUCGGGGCUGGCAUGAAUGGUGAGGGUGAGGGCGAUGGUGAACAGCUCAUCCUCAAAGCCCUCUCAAGCUCGAAUCGUUAUCUGUACCACGAGCUGAAGAUUCUAUUGACUAUGCCUCCACAUCCAAACAUCAUGUCGAGACCCAUACAUAUCAUCACCAAGCAGUGCAACUUUGGGAACAAGAAGGGAAUCAUUGGCUUCACACUGUUUUAUCAUCGGACAAGCUCGAUUCGCGACCUGAUACCCUGGAUGCGCAUCCACAACAAGCUCAAAGUACAGGAUCAGAUCAAGUGGGCGAUUCAACUCACAUCGGCUCUGAUCCACAUCCGCGAAAUGGCAAAGACAUGUUAUCCGGACUUGCGCCUAGAUAAUGUUGUCCUCUCGGAAGAAGGGGAUGCCGUCAUGGUCGACUUUGAGCAACGUGGCGUGUGGUGCGAAUUCGGGUCCCCCGAGGUCAACAACAUUGAGUUCCUGCGAAUUCUUGCGUGCGACGAUCCUUCGGAAUUCACAGGGUCAGAUGCUGAGCCCACAAUUGGUGAAGAGCUGCGUGUUGGCUACUCGGAGCUUCUGAAGCGGCUGGUCCCUAACUGGGAGGAGUUGUACUUCAACAGCGACUACAACAACCCAUCGCAGGGCUAUAAUAUAGCCUGGAAAGCAUUGACUCCGGCUCAGCAGGAAGCCGCCGAGGUGUACAUGCUCGGAAGAGUGUUGUGGUGUCUUUUCGAAGGGCAAGCGGCGCCGAAGCGCGGGGCGGUGUGGCAGUCUUACCGCCGGGAGACAGAUAUCGAGUUUCCAAACUACAGUGAGCGCAUGCCCGCGGCGAUGCGCUCUCUUAUUGACCGGUGUACGGCAGGUAGACGGCAGGCAUGGAGUGAUCAGGUCUCGCGGGUUCGUAGUCGCGUCGUGCUUAAGAGCGGCGAGGUCGUUUCCACCAUCGAGUUACGCCGGCUGGCCAAGGAUUGGUGGAGGCGAGAGCUGCAAGAAAAUGGGCUAUAUCUGGACGCCCAGGGCCGUGGCGCCGAUCUGGACAAAUUGAAGAGAAUUGACGCGUCGGCACAGCGACCGAGGCUGAGGGAGGUCUUGGGAGAGCUCAAGCAGUUUGAGGCGUCUUUGGAGUGA